AUGGACACAGAGUGCGGAAACGUCCCGAACGCGAAUUAUUGCUCUAGGCCUAUCUCUGCACGGAAGACUGCACGGUGGAGUCUCCAAGACGCAUUCGGUAGCGAGUUAACCCAGAGUCCUUUCCUCACUGAAGCACUCAUCAACCAGUGGAUUGAACUCGAUGACCGUGUCGAAUGGCACGUCGCCCAGGAUAAACAGCACAUCGGGGUUGCCUCUAGCGCAGGAGUUUACAAUCUAUCGUCCGCAACUCCGGACACUGGAUCAGGAUCGAAUGAAGGCCAGUACGUCGGCGUUGCGUCGAGAUUGAAACCCGGCGAGAUCUCCACAUUGGUGGAGGCAGGCCAGAUCGAGGUGUACGCUUUUUUGCGAUCCCCGUUCGCACGCGAAAGUCGCACAGAAGCUGCUGCGGUGGGCGAAGGAUGGGAGGCGGCGGGUGAUAGGUGGGACGACGACUCGGAGAUACGGGAGGACGAAUUGUAGGGACCUGUGGGUAACGAGUGGGAACGCGAUGGUGGGUCGGUGACGAGCAGGCGGGCAACAGACGGGAGGAUGGCGUAGUCGAUGUUUACCGUAAGAUAAUCUUGCCCGCGCGUUUUAGAGCCAGUGUAUUGUACAUUGGCGACAUCUUGCGUGAAUACAGACUAUCUACGGCUAC